AUGCCGCCGCCAUUGGUGCCUACGCAGCUGAAAUUCUCGCGUCAUGCAUCAACCAAAAGCCGACCCUUUCUCCGACGGCUUUUUGGCCUCAAGCGGCAUAAAGCUUCCGACCACAAGGAUCAAGGCCCGGCUGGCCCUGGGCUUAUGGAUGAGGGAACGGAGGGGAUGUUUAAUAUUGGCCGCAGCAUAUCAGCUAAGGCGUCAAAUGAACUGCGAAUUCGAUGCACGGAGUUUGAUAUCAAUGGAGACGUUACACUCGUUAACGGAGAGUUCCGGAAGCAGGAGCUGAUUGCCAAGUAUGGCCUUCUUCCCCGAGAUCUACGUAAGAUUGAUUCGUCGACUCUCCCUCAUAUCCUGGUACGACCUAGAGCAAUUCUCAUCAAUCUAUUGCAUCUGCGCGUCCUCAUCAAAGCGGACCGGGUACUCGUUUUUGACGCGUAUGGAUCAACAGACUCAUACAUGCAAUCGCUGUUCAUCUACGAUUUAGAAGGAAAGCUCCGCCAAAGGCAACCCCAGGGUGCCAGUCAACCGCUACCGUACGAGUUUCGCGCGCUGGAAGCCGUCCUCAUUAGUGUCACGAGUGGCCUAGAAGAGGAGUUCAAUGGAGUGAGAGAUCCUGUUGUGCGGGUUCUUCGUGCACUCGAGGAGGACAUUGACCGAGAUAAGCUCCGGCAUCUCUUGAUCUACUCCAAGAAACUGGGUACAUUUGAGCAGAAAGCUCGCCUGGUACGAGAUGCCAUUGAUGAUUUGCUGGAGGCGGAUGAUGAUUUAGCAGCAAUGUACCUAUCUGAGAGAUCGGUCGGCAAAGAGCGAGAAGAGGAUGACCACCAAGAAGUGGAAAUGCUUCUGGAGUCAUACCACAAAGUGUGCGAUGAGAUUGUUCAGGCCAGUGGAAACUUGGUGACGAGUAUUCGCAAUACGGAAGAAGUAGUCAAGGCUAUCCUUGAUGCCAACCGCAACUCGCUCAUGCUCAUGGAUCUCAAAUUCAGCAUUGGAACACUCGGCCUCGCAACAGGAACAUUAUUCUCCGCUCUCUACGGCAUGAACUUGAAGAAUUUCAUUGAAGAAUCGGAUUUCGGUUUUGGGGCUGUCUCCGUGUUCUGCUUUGCUCUGACUGGUGUCGUCUGUGUCUACGGUCUCUCCAAACUGCGCAAGCUUCAACGCGUCCGCAUGUGGGGUGAAUCCGGCGUGGGAGGCUCCACCUUCUCCCCGCUCUCCCCGAAGCGCAGCGCGCUCGGUGGGAAUCGGACUAACUGGCGUGCCGAUUCAAUCGAACCGGUAUGGGGAAGUCUCCCAGGGGAGGGCCGACCUGAACGCCUGAGACGCCUCAAGGAGAAUGCGGCUGCGGUUGCAGCUCAAGCUGCAUCAAAAACGACACCUGCCAACUCCAAGGCUGCUAUGCAAGCAUCAGCCACGGCCUCUAACAACGCUCGUGCGGAAAGUGGCAGCAGUGGAAAAGAGGCCGCUUGCCCCGAAGAUCAUAUGAAGUCUGAUGCCUGA